AAUGAAAUCAAUAUUGUUACGUAAUAAAUAAUUUUCAAUAUCGAUUUUGUAUGGGAACUACUCGUAUGCCAGUACGGAUAAAUAUUAUUUCGAUAUAGAUAUAUAAGUUAUUAGAUAAAAUGAAAUUCACUGUGUUUGUUCAUACAGCAGUUGUGACUUUAAUUACAUUAGGACAUGUGAAUACAAGUUCAGGUACUGAGGAGGACGAUGAGGAGUUAAUAUGUAACCCGUAUAGCGCUCAUAUCAUGUGGUUCAUGGGUAGUGGAGAAGAUACUUCAUUUUUUCAACAGAUGAGAUUGUUGAUAAUGUUAAUAAGUGAAUUCCCUGAAAACACAUGUGUAUCUAUUGUAACAAUUGGCGCUAAAGAUGAUAUAACACUGCCUUUUAGGAAACGAAACGGCAAUACUAAUUGGAGAGACAAAAUUGUACAUGUGUCUGGAAACACUUCAAAUCAUGCAUCCUCUUAUACAGACAAAAUACGAAUGACAAUCUCAAACUACCAUAGAAGUAAUUCAAUUGACGCACAAAUUGUGUAUCUGCUAGUCGAUAGCAAAACUGCAAUACACGAUAAAGAAAAUGGUUUUGAAGAGCUCAGGAAAAUGAAAACGUUUGUGAUCUUUGCAGAAGUAAAUACAAGUAUAGCAGAAUCAUGGGUAAAACUUGCAAGCAAUGCACAACAUUUUGUUGUAUGGGAUAGUAGAAGCGAAGACGAAAUAGAGAAAACAAAGAAUGUUAUACUGGCCAGGUCUUGUCAAGAUUCCCUAUUUGUCUGUGAUACUGACAUGUACUGGUCAAGUGAUAGGAACAGAUGUAAUGCAUGCACGUACAUAUGUACAAGUACCUACAAGAGACAAACAGAGUAUUGCGUCAAUGCAUGCCCAUUUUUUCACCAAUCUCUGCUGGGCAAUGAUGUUACUACUGGUGACGUUCCCAAUAAUGAAUCAUCACAAAAACAUUCUGGAUCUGCAGGCUUUAUUGUCAAAUGGCUAUUUAUUAUUGCAAUCAUAUUAUUUACUAUUGCUGUAUGCAUGAAGAGAAAACAGCUAUCAAAGAAAUUAAGUUUUGCAAAGAAAUGGAUAGCUGAUGCUCUGAAAAGCAGACUAUAUCAUCCCCAAGCAGAGCAAAACAAUGACAUACAUUAUUUCACACAUUCAAACCGUGUAUCAUCUGGACUUUUAGGCAUAUCUGGAAAUCUUACUUUAAGAGAUGAUCUCAUUGGAAAAUCUGAUAUUGAACUUAAAGUAAUGUCAUAUUAAAAUAAAAUGGUUGUAAAGUUACUUCAGAUGUUCCAUCAGGAGAAAAGCAGUAAUAUUAUAACAAAGUAUUUACAUAACCUGUGUAAUAAUUUCUUCUAAACUUAGCCUUGUCAUUUUAUUAUUUUCUUCAUUUUUGAUGAAAAAAAAAGAUAUGUAAGCUUUCACAUACUGUAGUAGUUUUCUUAAAUAAAUUGUUAACUCAUCCUUAAUUAAUUUGCUUUUCAGUUGCUCUCGAAUAAAUGCUCAUGUACGUUUUGAAAUCUAUUUGCAAGGUCAAACCAUUAUAUUUGUAGUUUGAUAAACCUAAUAGGUGAUAUUUAUCUGCUUAAGUAGGAAAGAAAACAAUUAAAAUCCUAAUAAUUAAGUAUAAUUACAAAAUACACAUAUAGUCGUAACAUUGAACCUGUACUAGUUUGUUUGUUUUGUUACUUGUAGUAUUUUUAUCAAACCUUGUUUUUUAUUAUUUUCUUGUUCAUUAUGUUUAUGUAUAUUUGUAGUUUGUUUUUUGUUACAAAUGGCUUAACUAAUAUAUUGAAAUUUCAGCGGUCUAUUUCUUCUGCCUAUUUAAAAGAAGUCUGUGUGUAUAUGUAUAUUAUGAUAGAAUGAAAAUGAUGAUGUAUGACGAAUGUAAUAUGACUUAUGUACUGCAAUAAAUGUGCUUUAAAGAUACUAGAUUUUGUUUUAUUGCCUUAAACUUCUCCAUUCAAAGGUAGAAACCAUGAGAAAUCGCCCAUUACAGCGAAAUGAAACAGGAUGCAAAUACCCUCCCUUUAGUCGGCUGUAAACGAAUUUAUUUUUACAGAAAUCAUCCUAUGAUUAUGUUUUAUGUAAGAAGAUAACGGUAUCAAAAUAUCAAAACAAAAGGCAGUAAUGUCUGUCAAGGUGUAUCAAUAGUUAAAUUUAAGACGCCCGGUCAAAAGAUCUGUUUGUUUAAUGAAUAUUCUCAUUAACAUAAAGCGUCAUAGAUCCAAAGUUUAUUUUUCGC